GGUCAAGCCACCGAAGCAUGAGAUCCGUGUUGUGUCCAUUUUUUCCCCCUUUCAUCGCUCGUGCCAAACGGUAAACAUGUCGCUCCGGGUUUGAGGAUAUUGUCGGUAUUCCGGGUUUAUUUUAAUUUUUAAUUUUGUAUGAAACGGAAACGCUUCCGUUUGAGCACCGCGAGCUCCUCUCUCCGUCUCCUCCACCUCCUCCGCUAGCGUCCUGUGACGGAGCUUCUGUAUAUGAUGUGAUUGUGAAUAACUGUCGCCUGGGGAAGUUAUAAUUGAUAUUAUCUCAGCUGAAUGGCUGCAGCAGAGGGCCUGUCAAUGUUUAUUUCAUGCCCGGAUGCUCUCUUACUCCGAUAUUAAGUUCCGCGUCGGGAAGGACCGCUACGUUUUGCUGGCGGAUUGAUAGAAAACACCGCAUCCACAGCACUUAGAUUCAGAAUAACAACUAAAAAAAAAACAGGAUGUCUUUCUUCAAUUUUCGGAAGAUAUUUAAGCUUGGGCCGGAUAAAAAGAAGAAGCAGUAUGAACAUGUGCACAGGGACGUGAAUCCGGAGGAAAUUUGGCAGAUUAUCGGUGAGCUGGGAGAUGGCGCUUUUGGGAAAGUCUACAAGGCUCAAAACAAGCAGAACGGAACCCUUGCGGCUGCUAAGGUUAUUGACACAAAGACCGAGGAUGAGUUGGAGGAUUACAUGGUGGAAAUCGACAUCCUGGCUUCCUGCGAUCACCACCACAUUGUCAAACUGCUGGAUGCGUUUUAUUAUGAAGGCAAACUUUGGAUUCUGAUCGAGUUCUGUGCUGGCGGUGCGGUCGAUGCCAUCAUGCUGGAACUGGAGAGACCCCUGACUGAGCCCCAGAUCCGGGUGGUGUGUAAGCAGACCUUGGAGGCCUUGACGUACCUUCAUGAGAAGAAAGUCAUUCACAGAGACCUGAAAGCUGGAAACAUUCUGCUGUCCCUCGACGGAGAAGUAAAACUCGCUGACUUUGGUGUUUCGGCUAAAAAUACCAACAGUUUACAGAGAAGAGAUUCUUUCAUCGGCACUCCAUAUUGGAUGGCGCCUGAGGUCGUGAUGUGCGAAACCUCCAAAGACCGUCCGUACGACUACAAGGCCGACAUUUGGUCCCUCGGGGUAACCCUCAUAGAGCUGGCACAGAUCGAGCCUCCCAACCACGAGAUGAAUCCCAUGAGGGUGUUGCUGAAAAUAGCCAAGUCUGAGCCACCCACUCUGAUGAAUCCCUCUCGCUGGUCUCCAGAAUUUAAUGACUUCUUAAGGAGAGCGCUGGAUAAAAAUGUGGACAAUAGGUGGAAUUCAACACAGCUUCUUCAGCAUCCUUUUGUGGCCAGUGUGACCGAUAGCAGACCUCUUAGAGAGCUUAUAGCUGAGGCCAAAGCUGAAGUCACAGAAGUGCUUGAAGAUAGCAAAGAGGAGGAGGAGGAGGAAGAAGCUGAUACUCCAGCGGCAGUUCCAGGGCACAAAAGGGCUCCAUCGGAUGUCAGCAUGGCCAGCUCAGAGGAGGACAAAGUCCCACCUACACCCUCCACCUUGGAGUCUGUUACAGAAAAGACAGAAGCUGAGCCUGGGGAAGACCGGAGCAGCGAUAAGCUCUCUGAUGAAGGACUCGGAAUGAGCGAAGUAGACAAGAUGGAGGAGGAGAAGCUCAAUGAAGCUUCUCUGGUCCCUGGAACAAUAGAGACGGAAAACGACUUGACUUCAGAAGAUCCUGCAAAGGAUAAACUGGACAAAAUCGAAGUUGAGGAGAUUUCUGGUGAGGAGGUGUCAAAGCCAGAGGAACCUGUGGAUAAAUCUUCCUCUGAAGCUGAAGGUACUGAGGAAGAGAAGGAGACCAAGAUAAUGGAAAUACAGGAGGAAGCUACCCAAGAAAAAGAAGACAAAAACAAGCUAGAGCAAGAUCAACUAAAAGCAGAAGAAGCUGGCAUUGAAGUUUCAGUUGAAUCACAAGAAAUCCCUGAAGAUACAGCUGCAUACAGAGAAGCCAAACCAGAAGAAGAGGCAAAUGAUCAAGAAGAGAGCAAAGAUUUAAAUCAGGAGACAGGUGAACACAUAAUCCAAAACAUUAAGAAUGAGACGGUCGAAAACACGGACACGGAUCAUUUACCUUCAGAUUUAAUAAACACAACUGUGAAUGGAGAAGGGUAUAGCAUUGAGGAGUCUUCCACUCAGGCAGUGUUAGAAAACCAGUCAGAGACAAAAGACGAAGUCCUCAAGGAGUCAGAGCAGCCAAAGCCAGAGGAUCAGACCACAGCCGAGGAUGAAGUACAAGAACAAGCACCAAGUGAAUCUAGUCAAGUCAUUUCAGAAGUUUCUGAUCAAACAGUUAACUCUCAGGAUGUCUCUGCUAAGGAAAAUGGAGAAAAGGUAACUCAUGUAGAUGAGGUCAUCUCCCAGGAUGGCAUCUCUGUCCAGGAGAGUGAAACGGAUUCAGAAAGCAGGAUGGAGCAUGGCAGCCCCGCUGUGAUGAAGUCAGACGCUGAGAAGGAUUCUGACUCUGGAAGCAGCUCUGCUGCAGAUAGCAACAGCCUUGACCUCAAUCUCUCCAUCUCUAGCUUCCUGUCCAAAAGCAAAGAAGGAGGAUCAGUGUCUCUGCAGGACUUAAAACGUCAGAAGAAGACUCUGAAGAAGACCCGGAAGUUUAUGGUGGAUGGCGUGGAGGUCAGCGUGACGACGUCAAAGAUAGUGACGGAUAACGACACCAAAAGUGAAGAGAUGAGGUUCCUGAGGCGGCAGGAACUGAGAGAACUCCGACUCCUUCAGAAAGAGGAGCAAAGGGCCCAGCAGCAGCUGAGCAACAAGCUGCAGCAGCAGAGAGAGCAAAUCUACCGGCGCUUUGAACAGGAAACUACUGCAAAGAAACGUCAGUAUGACCAAGAGGUGGAGAACCUUGAAAAGAAGCAGAAGCAGACGAUUGAGCGACUGGAACAGGAUCACACCAGCCGGCUCCGAGACGAAGCCAAACGGAUCAAAGCGGAUCAAGACAAAGAGCUGUCCAAGUUCCAGAACAUGCUGAAGAACAGGAAGAAGGAGGCCAUUCAGGAAGUCGGACAGUCACCCAAACACAUGCGAAAAGAGCUCAUGAAACGGGUAAAAGAGGACCUGUCGCUCCUUCAGACUGCAGAGGAGCAGGAGUUUCUGCAGAAGCAGCAGCAGGAGCUGGAUGGCGCUCUGAAGAAAAUCAUCCAGCAGCAUAAACUAGAAAUAGCCACCAUUGAGAGAGACUGCCUCAACCACAAACAGCAGUUACUACGAGCACGAGAGGCAGCCAUGUGGGAGCUGGAGGAGCGCCACCUACAGGAGAAGCACCAGCUGCUGAAGCAGCAGCUGAAAGACCAGUACUUCAUGCAGAGACAUCAGCUGCUGAAACGACACGAGAAAGAGAUGGAACAGAUGCAGCGCUACAACCAGCGCCUGAUAGAAGAGCUGAAGAACAAACAGAACCAGGAGAGGGUUCGCCUGCCCAAAAUCCAACGCAGCGAGGCAAAGACUCGCAUGGCCAUGUUCAAGAAGAGCCUCCGCAUCACUGUCACCGCGCCUCUGACCCCAGAGCAGGAGCGGGAACGCAUCAAACAGUUUGCUGCACAGGAGGACAAGAGGCAGAAGAAUGAGAGAAUCCAUCAGCACCAGAAACACGAGAACCAGAUGAGGGAUCUCCAACUGCAGUGUGACUCCAACAUCCGCGAGCUGCAGCAGCUGCAGAAUGAGAAAUGCCAUCUCCUUAUUGAACAUGAGACCCAAAAGCUGAAGGAGCUGGAUGAGGAGCACAGCCAGGAGAUGAAAGACUGGAAGGAAAAGCUGAGACCCAGGAAGAAGGCGUUGGAGGAGGAAUUCACAAGGAAGCUCCAGGAGCAAGAAGUUUUCUUCAAAAUGAGUGGCGAAUCAGAAUGCCUUAAUCCCACCACCCAAAGUCGGGUUUCAAAAUUCUACCCCAUCCCAAACCUGCAGAACUCUGGUGUAUAGCCUCCUGUUUAACUUCCUUCAAACGAAACUACAGUCGAACUUCUUUGUCACCCUCCCUUCUUCCUGAUGGAGCUAUUUUUUAAAGUCCCCAAUAAAAACAUUGAAAUUUACUUUCUGCUUGGUUUUAAAGUCAGUGAGCUUACUAAUUGUGCCUACAUGACGUUCCCUCACCUAAAUACUUCUCUCAGUUUGCUGGGAAAUAUUGAUUUAUAUGCACUUUUUUUAAGCAUGUGAAGAUUUCCAAGGUUUGCGAUUGUUAGCUAAGAUCAGCCAUGUUCGUCGGAUUAUUAAAAGCACAGCCUGAAACACGAUAAAUUAUCUCCAGUGCCUCAUAUGUCUGUCAACCAACACCCUCCCCCACCAUCACCACCACCCCCCACAAUGACCCCCUUUAUUGACGUUUUACUGCUUGCAGUAAAUAAAAAGCCCUUAAUGUUUUGCACUUAAAGCAGUCAUCGUUCUCUCGUCACAUAAUUUGGUGAUCAAAUGAAAAAAAAAAAAUCCUAUUGGCGGCACAGAUCUGGGAGAAGAUAGAAAACUGUUUACGCUGAUGUCAGGACAUCAAGAAAGUGUCAUAAAGCCGUUUCCUGAAAAAGAAUGUACUGUGUUAGUGUGAAUAUAGAGUAAUCAAAGAUUAAGUCUACCAAGAGCAACUAUCUUCUCCAGAGACGCUGUAUUUAUUUAGCACCUACUGUUAUUUCCUUCCACACCCUCCAGGUGUUACGAACACGCCUGAUCCGUUCACCAAAAGAAAAUGCAUCUUUCACUCGUUCAGAUCAGCAUUCGCACAAACGGUUUGUUGAAAGUUUGAAAUGUAAAGGAAUGUAACUGCACUAGGUCGCCACUUGAGUUAAAGAGUAUUCAUGCAGGUUCAGAGACUUUGCCUCACAGACGCCUAUCUAAACUCCAAAAUGACUGUAAUGUUUUUUCUUUUAGUUUCAUUUUGAUUUUUUUUUUUUUUUUUUUUUGCAGAUACAGCUUGAUAUAUUUUCCAAUGUUUAUUUUGUUUUUUUUCUCCACUCUGAUGCCGUAAUUGCUUUCACAGUAUGCCUGGGUCCUGUUACUGUAUGAAUCUCAGCAUCCGAAGCCUUCCGCUGUAUUUUAAAUCAAUAUAUUAGUAUAUUUUGCUGCUCCAUGGUAUAUUUUCUAUAAGCUGACUUGAAAAUCUUUGUUUUUUUUUAAAUGAAUGCUGGAUUUUUUUUUCUCUCCAUCUUAUCAUUUUUUAAAAUUUUAUUUUGUUGCAUAAUUUUACCGAAAAAAAAAUCGACCAUGAAUAUUUCUAUUGUAUUCAUAUUUGAUGUCAGAUCUAUUUAAUGCAUCUUUAUAAAAUGCUGUU